GAAGUUGUAAUCUUCAUCAACGUCUCCAUAAAAACAAUCCCAUUUUCAGAUUUUCCUAUUCCCACAGUAAAAAGAAGCAAAAACAUGCAAAUGAAGUUCGACAAAGAGAUUUCUCACCCGAUCCAUCCACAGCAUAAGCUAAAGCUUGAACACACAGAGAUCCCAUUCAACUGUGAUGGGUGCAAAGAAGCUGGCAUUGGCUUCCAAUACAAAUGCCAGAAAUGCGAGUUUCACUUACACAAGGCAUGCGCAGUGGCAGCUCGCACCAUUUACCAUCCUUUCUACAAGAAAUGCGAGUUCCAAUUUUGCUAUGAUCCUCCUGGGGCGGCUAGGAGACAGUGCGACGCAUGCAGGAGCGAAGUUCUGGGGUUUGUCUACCACUGCAAGCGAUGUGAUUUCGAUCUCCAUCCUUGCUGUGCGAAUCUCCCGCAGGUUUUAGACGAUGGGGAACGCAACCUUUACUUGUGUCUCAAGCUAUCCAGUUCGUGUCAUCACUGUGGGGGAAAGGGGCCUGGUUGGUCUUACAGGUCUCACUGCAAGACAUAUAAUCUCCAUGUUUCCUGUGUUAAGGAGUUGCUUGUGGAGAGCUGGCAGGCUAUUUAUCUGAAUGUAGACAAAAACAAGGUCAGGGAGAUGCAAACGAGGAUCCCCAGCCUCAAGGGGACGCUUAGAAACAACCAUGGGGAAAGAUCAGGAGGAAUGGUGAUGAAGGGUUGUCAGAUUGCUGGUGGAGCUGUUAGCGCCAUUGUCUCCGCCAUCCUGGGGGAUCCUACGCCUAUAAUAGCUGCUGUGGUCGGGCGUUUGAUAUCCAACUAGAUCAGAACUGAGCAGAAAACCAAUCAAGUAUAAAUUAUGUAAUGUUAUCUCCAUCCAUCCUGUUCUGUAAUUUCCUCAAGUACUCUUGUUACAUGCAUGUGAAGUUAGGUAGGAAUAAGAUAAUUUGAUACUAUCCAUUUUAA